GGUGAGGACUGGGGUUUUGAGGGAGGGGAAACUGAGGCAGAGUCCCUUUCCUAUGUCCCCUAAGCACUUCCCUCUCUCUGCCCACCCCACCCCACCCAGACCCACAAUGCCCCGCUGAGCCAGCCUGGCAGCUGAGUGGAGCCCAGCAGAGAGCACCCAUGGAGGGGUCCCUGGCAGGUGGCCUGGCUGCACCAGAUCGUCCUCGAGGCCCAGAGAGACUGCCCGGCCCGGCGCCGAGGGAGGACAUCGAGGGUGUGGCUGAGGCUGCUGAGGGGGAAGGUGGCAUCUUCCGGUCCACCCGUUACCUGCCUGUCACCAAGGAGGGCCCCCGAGACAUUCUGGAUGGCAGAGGUGGCAUUUCUGGUACCCCUGAUGGCCGGGGGCCCUGGGAGCACCCCAUGGUCCAGGAGGCCGGGGAGGGCAUCCUAUCUGAGCGGAGGUUCGAGGACUCGGUCAUUGUGAGAACCAUGAAACCCCAGGCUGAGCUUGAGGGCUCUAGAAGGUUCUCGCACCACCGGGGUGAACCAAGGCUCAUGGAGAAAGCUCCCCGGGGCCGCCACAGGUUCGACUGGCUCCAGGAGGAGGAUGAGCAGGGUCCCCCCCAGGACACAGGGCUGCACUUGGACCUGCCUCCCCAGCCACCGCCACCACCGCUCGCCCCCUUCAGGAGGGUGUUCGUGCCCAUGGAAGACACCCCCAAGGCACUGGACGUGACAGUGGUGGGCACCAGAGAAGACCUGGAGGACCUCGAGGGGCUGGCCCAGCCGUCUGAGUGGGGCAUGCCCACGUCGGCCGCGGAAGUGGCCACGCAGACCUGGACGGUGAACUCGGAGGCGUCCGUGGAGCGGCUGCAGCCACUGCUGCCCACCGUUCGGACCGGGCCCUACCUGUGUGAGCUGCUGGAGGAGGUGGCCGAAGGGACGGCCAGCCUGGACGAGGACGAGGACGAGGAGCCGGCCGUGUUCCCGUGCAUCGAGUGCAGCAUCUACUUCAAGCAGAAGGAGCACCUCCUGGAACACAUGAGCCAGCACCGCCGAGCCCCGGGCCAGGAGCCGCCUGCCGACUUGGCCCCGCUGGCCUGCGGCGAAUGUGGCUGGGCCUUCUCGGACCCCGCCACCCUCGAGCAGCACCGGCAGCUGCACCAGGCCUCCCGGGAGAAGAUCAUCGAGGAGAUCCAGAAGCUCAAGCAAGCCCCGGGCGACGAGGGCCGGGAGGCGCGGCUGCAGUGUCCCAAGUGUGUCUUUGGCACCAAUUCCUCCAGGGCCUUUGUGCAGCAUGCCAAGAUGCACGUGCGCGAGCCGCCAGGCCGGGCUGCCAAGGAGCCUUUCGGGGGUGGCGGCGGGGCUGGCAGCCCAGGCCCGGAGGCCAACACCCUGGUCUAUCAGCCCUACAGAGCCGCCUCGGGCCUCAGUGCCUGCGUCCUCUGUGGCUUCCCCGCUCCCAGCGAGAGCCUGCUCAGAGAGCACGUGAGGCUGGCGCACGCCCGUCCCCACUGGGAGGAGGAUGGCGAGGCUUUCGAGGAUGACCCCACCAGCCAGCCGGGCACUAGCCAGGAUGUGUACGCCUGCUUCCCUGACGCUGCAGAAGACUGCUUUGGCAAAGCCGAGCCGCGCUUGGCCCCCAUGUGCCGGGACAGCCCUGCUGGAUACGACCCCAGCCUGGCCUUUGGCCCAAGCUACCAGCAGCUGGGCAUGAGGGAUUUCCCGCUGUCAAAGCUACUCCCGCAUGGCUCCAGCCAGAGGCCUCUCGGAAGGCUGGCCUUUCCCUCCCCGUUAGCAUCUGCCCCCUACUCCUUACAGCUCGGAAGGAAGAAAAGCAUUGUCCGCCCCCAGGGACUGGGGGACCGGAGGCGUCCUUGGAGUGAAGAGGAGGAGGAGGAGGAGGACGAUGAUGACGACGACAUAGUGCUGACCUCUGAGAUGGAUUUUUCCCCCGAAAAUGGGGACCUCGCACCCCCACCUGCCCCCAGCCUCAUCCCACAGCCAGCUGUAGAGCUGAAGCGAACAUUCCAAGAAGCCCUUCGGUCGGCAGAGGCCUCGUGGGCCCAGCAGCAGCAGCUCCAAGGGAUGGUCCCCGUCGUGAUGGUGGCGAAGCUCGGGCCGCAGGUCAUGGCAGCCGCGGCGGCCAGGGUGCCCCCGAGGCUGCAGCCCGAGGAGCUGGGGCUGACGGGGGCCCACCCGCUGGACUUCCUGCUGCUGGACGCGCCACUGGGUGGCCCACUGGGGCUGGACACGCUCCUGGAUGGGGACCCGGCUGUGGCGCUGAAGCACGAGGAGCGGAAAUGUCCCUACUGCCCCGAUCGCUUCCACAACGGCAUCGGCCUGGCCAACCACGUCCGGGGCCACCUGAACCGCGUGGGCGUCAGCUACAACGUGCGGCAUUUCAUCUCCGCUGAGGAGGUGAAGGCCAUCGAGCGCAGGUUCUCCUUCCAGAAGAAGAAGAAGAAAGUGGCCAACUUUGACCCUAGCACCUUCAGCUUGAUGCGCUGUGACUUCUGCGGGGCCGGCUUCGACACACGGGCCGGCCUCUCCAGCCACGCCCGGGCCCACCUGCGUGACUUUGGCAUCACCAACUGGGAGCUCACCGUCUCACCCAUCAACAUACUCCAGGAACUGCUGGCCACCUCCGCCACUGAGCGACCCCCCAGCCCCCUGGGCCGAGAGCCUGGGGGUCUGCCUGGCAGCUUCCUGACCUCCCACCGGCCCCGCUUCCCUCUCACCGUGUCCUUCCCACCUACCUGGGCCGAGGACCCUGGGCCAGCCUACGGAGAUGCCCAGAGCCUGACCACCUGCGAGGUCUGUGGCGCCUGCUUUGAGACCCGCAAGGGCCUGUCCAGCCAUGCAAGGUCCCACCUGCGGCAGCUGGGAGUGGCAGAGUCGGAGAGCAGCGGCGCGCCCAUCGACCUCCUCUACGAGCUUGUGAAGCAGAAGGGCCUGCCCGACGCCCACCUCGGGCUGCCCCCAGGCCUGGCUAAGAAGUCCAGCUCGCUGAAGGAGGUGGUCACCGGGGCCCCCCGGCCUGGCCUGCUCACCCUGGCCAAGCCCUUGGAUGCACCAUCUGUCAACAAAGCCAUCAAGUCGCCUCCCGGUUUCUCAGCCAAGGGCCUGGCCCACCCGCCCAGCUCUCCGCUCCUCAAGAAAGCACCGCUGACCCUGGCAGGCUCCCCUACCCCCAAGAAUCCUGAGGACAAGAGCCCCCAGCUGUCCCUGAGCCCCCGGCCAGCCUCCCCAAAGGCACAGUGGCCUCAGUCUGAGGACGAGGGGCCCCUGAACCUCACCUCCGGCCCAGAGCCAGCACGAGACAUCCGCUGUGAGUUCUGCGGCGAGUUCUUUGAGAACCGCAAGGGCCUGUCGAGCCACGCACGCUCCCACCUGCGGCAGAUGGGUGUGACUGAGUGGUACGUCAACGGCUCACCCAUCGACACGCUGCGGGAGAUCCUGAAAAGACGGACCCAAUCUCGGCCCGGCGGACCCCCCAACCCACCAGGGCCCAGCCCAAAAGGCCUGGCCAAGGUGAUGGGCAGCGGAGGUCCUGGCAGCGCGCUGGAAGCCCGCAGUCCCUCGGACCUUCACAUCUCACCCUUGGCCAAGAAGUUGCCACCGCCACCAGGCAGCCCCCUGGGCCACUCACCAACUGCCUCUCCUCCCACGGCCCGGAAGAUGUUCCCAGGCCUGGCUGCACCGUCCCUGCCCAAGAAGCUGAAGCCUGAACAAAUGCGGGUGGAGAUCAAACGGGAGAUGCUGCCAGGGGCCCUUCAUGGGGAAUCGCACCCAUCUGAGGGUCCGUGGGGGGCGCCGCGGGAAGACAUGACACCCUUGAACCUGUCGUCCCGGGCAGAGCCGGUGCGCGACAUCCGCUGUGAGUUCUGCGGAGAGUUCUUCGAGAACCGCAAGGGCCUGUCGAGCCACGCACGCUCCCACCUGCGGCAGAUGGGUGUGACAGAAUGGUCCGUCAACGGCUCGCCUAUCGACACGCUGCGGGAGAUCCUCAAGAAGAAGUCCAAACCGUGCCUCAUCAAGAAGGAGCCACCCGCUGGAGACCUGGCCCCUGCCUUGGCUGAGGACGGCGCCCCCACAGCAGCCCCUGGGCCCAUGCAGUCCCCACUGCCGCUGUCGCCCCUGGCCAUUCGCCCAGGCAAACCAGGAGCAGGGCCAGCCCAGGUUCCCCGAGAGCUCAGCCUGACGCCCAUCACUGGGGCCAAGCCCUCAGCCACUGGCUACCUGGGCUCAGUGGCAGCCAAGCGGCCGCUGCAGGAGGACCGCCUCCUUCCAGCAGAGGUCAAGGCCAAGACCUACAUCCAGACUGAACUGCCCUUCAAGGCAAAGACCCUCCACGAGAAGACCUCCCACUCCUCCACCGAGGCCUGCUGUGAGCUGUGUGGCCUUUACUUUGAGAACCGCAAGGCCCUGGCUAGCCACGCACGGGCACACCUGCGGCAGUUUGGCGUGACAGAGUGGUGCGUCAAUGGCUCGCCCAUCGAGACACUGAGCGAGUGGAUCAAGCACCGGCCCCAGAAGGUGGGCACCUACCGCAGCUACAUCCAGGGCGGCCGCCCCUUCACCAAGAAGUUCCGCAGUGCCGGCCAUGGCCGUGACAGCGACAAGCGGCUGCCCCUGGGGCUGGCACCUGGGGGCCUGGCCAUGGUCGGCCGCAGUGCCGGGGGGGAGCCGGGGCCCGAGGCUGGCCGGGCAGCUGACAGUGGUGAGCGGCCUCUAGCAGCCAGCCCACCGGGCACCGUGAAGGCCGAGGAGCACCAGCGGCAGAACAUUAACAAAUUCGAGCGCCGACAAGCCCGCCCUCCAGACGCCUCCGCAGCCCGAGGGGGCGAGGAGGUCAAUGAUCUGCAGCAGAAGCUGGAGGAGGUGCGGCAGCCCCCACCCCGAGUCCGGCCGGUCCCCUCCCUAGUGCCCCGGCCCCCCCAGACAUCACUCGUCAAGUUUGUUGGCAACAUCUAUACCCUCAAAUGCAGGUUCUGUGAAGUGGAAUUCCAGGGCCCCCUCUCCAUCCAGGAAGAGUGGGUGCGGCACUUACAGCGGCACAUCCUGGAGAUGAAUUUCUCCAAAGCGGACCCCCCACCUGAGGAGUCCCAGGCCCCGCAGGCACAGACAGCGGCGGCCGAGGCUCCCUAACACAAAAGCAUUCCAGAUCCCCUCUUGUGCCACCUCUGUCUCUCCUCCUCUUUGUCCUCUUCCCUCCUCUCCCUCUUUCUUUUCCGUUUCCAAAGGAGCAAGCCAAAACCUCAAACCGGCACCCCUUGGGGGGCCGGGCACACUACAGCUGGGCGCCCUUCCCCCAGCCCGAGGACUCUGGGGCCACAGGGUGUCUUCCUUUAGCCCAAGCCCACCUGGUCCAGCGGGGGCAGCAGCCAGGUCUCUGGUGGCAGCUGAUCUGGUCACAGGGGAGGACAGCACCCCCCGUGAGUCUAGCAGCCAGGCAGGGCUAUGUCUGCCAUCCGUGGCCAUUUGCAAAGACCCCAAAGACCCCUGUUCUGGUUCCCUCUCGCCCCCAUGAUUAUCCUCUCUCACGCAUGUACAUGCGAACACACACACGUGCACCUCGUGAGACACGGGAUCUGCCCCAGCCCCCCAGUUCCCGAGUCGAACGACCACAUCAUGCCACGGUGCUUGCUCAGGGGAAGCCAUGCUCCCUCUGUGGGGCCCGCCACGGCCUGGGAGCCCCCCACUGAGCCCACAAUGCCACGGAAAUCCUUGUUGGCCACCCCCAGAGGGGCCUUCCCUGCUAGGAAGAGCUCAGAGCUGACAGCUGCCUCCUGCCAUGUCAGUGGCCCCCAAGAGCCUCGGGCUCCCGGGCCUCCGGAGGGUGGGAUGGGGGGUGGGACUCUCCUCCCCCACUCCUGUCUCCCUCCCCCUUUUCACUGUUGCUUUCUAUGUAUAGGUCCCUAGACCUCACACUUUUUUAAAAGCGCGUUUUGUGUAGAGAAUAAGGAACGUGGAUCUUUUUAUUUUGCAAUCCUGGGCCAGCUAGAAACCGGGAGCUGAUUUGACCUUUUAACUUUUUUCAGUGGCCACGUUUUGGUUAUCAAUGUAACUAGAAAUAUGUAAAUUAGAUUAAAUUUCUCUUCUGGAAACACCCCGGG